AUGCAGAGCCAGAUCUCACCUGCAGAAAGAUACCUCGAAGGACGCGUCGUGGGUGGCCAAAGUGGACUGGCCAAGGUCUUCGUGACCAAAUCUGAGUGGCUCAUCUGUCCUGACAGAAGACGCCAGGUAGCAAUGCCGAGCUUUGCCAAUGUACAGGGCCAUUCUUUGAAUGUCAAUGGGUGGAUUGCUCUCGGUAAAAGUUCAAGCUCCAGCCAGUGA